CAGUGUUUAGAUUGAAAAUUUGCCUUAGGGUUGUUGGCGGUAGUAUUGUAGUGGCGUUUUUUUUUUUUGUUCUAAUUAAAACUUAGAAUAAGGUAUCUUUAAAAUUCAAAAUGGACUCUACAGAGUCACGGUCUCUUGACUGGAAAAUUUGUUUCAAAAAAAUAUUAGCUCCUCACCUUUUGAACACCACUAAUAUGGAAGAGCAAAAUGAUGCUCCUCAUCCUUUGAACGCGUAUAAUGGCGAAGAACAAAAUGGUGUGCAGGAUAAUACUGUAAAUUCAGAAAAUGAUAGAGUCAACAGCAUUUCCAUUCUUAAAAAUUCUGAAGAUGUAGAAAAGAAUCAUUUCAUCAACAAGAAAAGAAUUUCAUCAAUCACGGCAGGCGCUGCACAGGUUAAUAAUAGAGCUCAAUCAUUCAUCGAGGCUUUUCGUCACUGUCGCCAUUCUGACUUACCCGAUAGAGAGUACAGUGAUUCUGAAAAUGAUGAAGAAGAAGAAAUUGCAAAAAUAGUUGCUGCUGAUGCUGAAGAAUUGGCAAAGAAUUUUAAAAUACUUAAAUGUAAGAAAACAGACAGUACUCAUAACCCACCGAAGUGGAAACAUGCUUUCAAAAAAGUAUUAGACCCUACAUAUUUUUUAAAGCCCACUGAAAGACCAGUAACACCACUAACUCUAGAGGAGCUUGACGGAGAUUAUAAUCCUCUGGAAGACGAUGACGAACUUUCAGCUUGUUCUGUGUCGGAAAAUUGUGAUGAAGAGGAUAGCGAGAUGAAAUCUACCGAAAAUACCUCGUCAUCUCCUAAGAGACCGAAAAAGGUGCCUCCUCCUGGUGGAUUUGUUUGUGUAAACAAGAUUACUGCUAAAGAUUUAUUGAAAAGACCCCCUAUAAUUCCAAGUGAGGGUUAUUGGGACGAUGAUUUAAUAUGGUGAUUCACUUGUGGCAUUAUUUCUGUAUAUUAGUAUCAUUUUCCUUUUUAAGUACUCUUUUGUUUAUUGGUACUUGUCAAUUUGUUAAUGUUGUCAUUGUCAUUAAUGUGUCGAAUACAUUAUUGUAGUAUUCUGUAUCAUCUAUCUUCGUAAGUGCUAUUUCAUUUAUUGGUGCUUGACAAUUUCUUGAUGCUGUCUUUGUCAUUAAUGUGUUGAAUGCAUUAUAGUAGCAUUCUGUAUCAUCUAUCUGUAAUAUUAUUUCAUUUAUUAAAUAUUAUUUUUUUAUUGGUCUUGUCAAUUUGUUAACGAUAUUUUUAUCAUUAAUGUGUUGAAUGCAUUAUUACAGUAUACUGUAUCAUCUAUCUUUGUAAGUGUUAUUUCAUUUAUUGGUAUUUGUUAAUGAUGUCUGUAUUAUAUGAAUUAAGUCAUUUCAUUCAUAUAAUUUUUUUUUGUGUGUGUGUGUGUGUCAUUUGUUAUUGUGUCUCUGUCAUUGGCUUAGUAUCCUUGCAAAUUUCUGAAUAUCAUGUUAUAUUUUUCAUACUUAGGUUUACUCCAUAGUAUAGCAUUUUGAGUUAGUUAUAAUACUAUUCUUUGCCUUGGGGUCCUUUUAUUUACUGCUUACUAUGUGAUUAUUUCUAUACCUGAUAUAAAUUGACACAUUAAAUUAGAAAAAAAAAUUGGUCUAUACUUUAAAGAAAACUAAAAUUGCAACCAUUUUGUGCUUGUGCAAUUCAGUUGAGUUCAUUAGCCCUGUGUUUAAUUUAGAUUCAAGGAUACAACUAAAAUGAAAGCAUCACAGUAUUUGUGUUCUUAAAUUUUUUUUAUAUUUUAUGUUAAUUCCUUAUAGUAAUAUCUGGAAUGCAAAGAAAAUGUGGCUUAUACCCAUUGGUUUGGUUCCACACUAGGGUUGGAAAUGGUCGCCUCAUGCAUUGAAAUCUGGAGGGAGGUAUAUUUCUUUAGUCCACAUUCAUCUUUAGUUCACAUUCGCAAAAGGGCAGUAUCCGAAAUUUCAACCAAACACAGAUCUGUUAUGAUAUAUGACGGAAAAGUAAAAUUUAAACAAAUGCAGCGUUUCGAGACUCUUUGUGAUGUUUUUCAAUUUUUUACUUAUAAACUUUUAGAAAUAAAUUGCCCAUAUUGAAAUUAUGAAACAUAACAAAUUACACCAACAUUAAAGAUUUGAAUUGAUUUUUGAACAAAAUUAUUGAGAAAUACACAUCUUUAGCUUUCAGAUUAAUGAAUUAAAAUUUUUGUCAUCAAUAUAUAAAAAAGAAGCAUUUUAAGCAGAAGUCAUUUUAAAAAAAAUGAUUUCUAAUUGGAGUCUGGAGAUUUAACCACUGUUAUUUUGCCUGUUCUAUCUUAUUAGAUUUGCCACAGAAGAUAGAACAUUUUUGCAUCGAUUUAAUAAUAAUCUUAGUUUUAAUCAAUCUUAAUUCAAUAUUUCCAUAUAUGUAUUACUAAACAAUUUACCUAUCAUAACCUUAAAAUUAAAAAAAAAUAGUUUAUCAAAUAGUUAAAAAUGUUUUAACUGAUUUGAUUAUUUUGCCAAGAUUGAAAAAGACAACUUGUAUAUUAGGAGGUAAUUUCAAUUUAAACCAACAUAAAAUGCAUUAAUACAGAGUAAAAUAAAUAAUCUAAUGAGACUAUUUUUAAAAUGAAAUUUCAGCAUUGGUGAUAAAAUUAUAAUUUCAUUAGAAUCGGGAUUUGGAAUUGCAGUCACAAAAAAUGCAUAAAAAAACGAUUCAAAAACCAGCAAUAACCUGCAAAUAUUUGUUUGCAUAUGCUCUUUUGAAUUAAAGGCUCCGACCUUUUGAAGGCUUAUCUGUAGUAUGGUUGGUUGCAAUUAAGAAUCCAUCCCUCCUCGGUUGCAAAAUGAAAGUGCACUUGUGAAAUAUGCUGGAGCCAGGUCUCAAAAUCUGUUUCGUGUAUAUCAGUGCUCAGCCAGCAACAAAUUUCCUACACUUUUACUGUCUUGUUCACAAAAAUCUUUCUCCCCUUAUUUUUUACUUUUAAAUGAACAAACGAACCGUCAGAUCACCGGUACCUCAUCCUACUAUCUUCGAUAAUAAAACAGAUCUAACUCCACAAUCUUUGCUCCACAAACUGAAACUCCAAAUAUAUGUAUAAUGCAGGAUAUUAAUUGCUCAUUUCAGUAUAAUGUCAUGACAGAAGAAAAUAAUGAGGUGUGGCUGGAGAUUUAAAAUGUCAUUUUAUACUCUUUGAAGUUAAGAACUCAUUUUUUCUGUGCCUUCGUUAUAAAAUAAUUUCUUCAAAAUUUUUUUGAACACAUUAACUGCUUCUUUUAUGCUUGUUCCUUUGCCAGUGAAAAUAGUACUAAAAUUUUCUCUGUCAGUGAGAAAGUAUUUCAAUGUGCCAAUAAAGGACUCUGUGACUA